ACCCGGUUGACAGUACCAGCUGUUGCAGUACCACCAGCACAGUCUGUACCGUCGCCGCAGCUCCCGUGGUCCCGGCAGUUUCUGCCUCAUCUGCCGUCGGGGUCGCUCCCAACCCAGCCGGCGGUGGUAGUAACAAUUCACCGUCGUCCUCUUCUUCCCCGACUUCUUCCUCAUCUUCCUCUCCAUCCUCCCCCGGAUCGAGCUUGGCGGAGAGUCCCGAGGCGGCCGGAGUUAACAGCACAGCAACCCUGGGGCCUGGGGCAGCGGGACCUGGUCCAGGGGUCCCAGCAGUGAGCGGGGCCCUCCGGGAACUGUUGGAGGCCUGUCGCAAUGGGGACGUGUCCCGGGUAAAGAGGCUGGUGGACGCGGCAAACGUGAAUGCAAAGGACAUGGCCGGCCGGAAGUCUUCUCCCCUGCACUUCGCUGCAGGUUUUGGAAGGAAGGAUGUCGUAGAACACUUACUACAGAUGGGUGCUAAUGUCCAUGCUCGUGAUGAUGGCGGUCUCAUCCCGCUUCAUAAUGCUUGUUCUUUUGGCCAUGCUGAGGUUGUGAGUCUGUUACUGUGCCAAGGAGCUGAUCCAAAUGCCAGGGAUAACUGGAACUAUACGCCUCUGCAUGAAGCUGCUAUUAAAGGAAAGAUCGAUGUAUGUAUUGUGCUGCUGCAGCACGGAGCUGAUCCAAACAUUCGGAACACUGAUGGGAAAUCAGCCCUGGACCUGGCAGAUCCUUCAGCAAAAGCUGUCCUUACAGGUGAAUACAAGAAAGACGAACUCCUAGAAGCUGCUAGGAGUGGUAAUGAAGAAAAACUAAUGGCUCUACUGACUCCUCUAAAUGUGAAUUGCCACGCGAGUGAUGGGCGAAAGUCAACUCCUUUACAUCUAGCAGCAGGCUACAACCGAGUCCGGAUAGUUCAGCUUCUUCUCCAGCAUGGGGCGGACGUGCAUGCAAAAGACAAAGGUGGACUGGUACCUCUUCAUAAUGCAUGUUCAUAUGGACAUUAUGAAGUCACAGAACUGCUAUUAAAGCAUGGAGCUUGUGUUAAUGCAAUGGAUCUCUGGCAGUUUACCCCACUCCAUGAGGCUGCUUCCAAGAAUCGUGCAGAAGUCUGCUCAUUGUUACUUAGCCAUGGUGCUGAUCCUACAUUAGUCAAUUGCCACGGCAAAAGUGCUGUGGAUAUGGCUCCAACGCCUGAGCUCCGGGAGAGACUGACUUAUGAAUUUAAAGGUCAUUCUUUACUGCAAGCAGCCAGAGAAGCAGACCUAGCCAAAGUUAAAAAAACACUUGCUUUGGAAAUCAUUAAUUUCAAACAACCACAGUCUCAUGAAACUGCACUGCACUGUGCUGUGGCCUCCCUGCAUCCCAAACGCAAACAAGUGACAGAAUUGUUACUUAGAAAAGGAGCAAAUGUUAAUGAAAAAAAUAAAGAUUUCAUGACUCCCCUGCACGUUGCAGCAGAAAGAGCUCACAAUGAUGUCAUGGAAGUUCUACAUAAGCAUGGAGCAAAGAUGAAUGCACUGGACACCCUUGGUCAGACCGCUUUGCAUAGAGCCGCCCUAGCCGGUCACCUGCAGACCUGCCGCCUCCUGCUGAGUUACGGCUCUGAUCCCUCUAUCAUCUCCUUACAAGGCUUUACAGCAGCGCAGAUGGGGAAUGAAGCCGUGCAGCAGAUUCUGAGUGAAAGUACGCCUAUACGCACUUCUGACGUUGACUAUCGACUCUUAGAGGCAUCUAAAGCCGGAGACUUGGAAACUGUGAAGCAACUUUGCAGCCCUCAGAAUGUGAAUUGCAGAGAUUUAGAGGGCCGGCAUUCUACGCCCUUACACUUCGCCGCAGGCUAUAACCGUGUGUCUGUGGUGGAGUACCUCCUACACCAUGGUGCCGAUGUCCAUGCCAAAGACAAAGGUGGCUUGGUGCCCCUUCACAAUGCUUGCUCAUAUGGACACUAUGAGGUGGCUGAGCUCUUAGUAAGGCAUGGGGCUUCUGUCAAUGUGGCGGACUUGUGGAAAUUUACCCCUCUACAUGAAGCAGCAGCUAAAGGAAAAUAUGAAAUCUGCAAACUCCUUUUAAAACAUGGAGCAGAUCCGACUAAAAAGAACAGAGAUGGAAAUACACCUUUAGAUUUGGUAAAAGAAGGAGACACAGAUAUUCAGGACUUACUGAGAGGAGAUGCUGCCCUGUUGGAUGCUGCCAAGAAGGGCUGCCUGGCAAGAGUGCAGAAGCUCUGUACUCCAGAGAAUAUCAACUGCAGAGACACCCAGGGCAGAAACUCAACCCCUCUGCACCUGGCAGCAGGCUACAAUAACCUGGAAGUAGCUGAAUAUCUUCUAGAACAUGGAGCAGAUGUUAAUGCCCAGGACAAAGGUGGUUUAAUUCCUCUUCAUAAUGCAGCGUCCUACGGGCAUGUGGACAUCGCAGCAUUGCUGAUAAAAUAUAACACAUGUGUGAAUGCAACAGACAAGUGGGCGUUUACUCCCCUUCACGAAGCAGCCCAAAAAGGCAGGACACAGCUUUGUGCCCUCCUCCUGGCACAUGGCGCAGAUCCAACUAUGAAGAACCAAGAAGGUCAGACACCUUUAGAUCUGGCAACAGCUGAUGAUAUCAGAGCUUUGCUGAUAGACGCCAUGCCCCCAGAGGCCUUACCUACCUGUUUUAAACCUCAGGCUACUGUAGUGAGUGCCUCUCUGAUCUCACCAGCAUCCACUCCCUCCUGCCUGUCUGCUGCCAGCAGCAUAGACAACCUCACCGGCCCCUUAGCGGAACUGGCGGUAGGAGGAGCGGCCAACGCUGCGGAUGGUGCAGCGGGAGCAGAAAGGAAGGAAGGAGAAGUUGCGGGUCUUGACAUGAAUAUCAGCCAAUUUCUGAAAAGCCUUGGUCUUGAACACCUUCGGGACAUCUUUGAAACAGAACAGAUUACACUAGAUGUAUUGGCUGAUAUGGGUCAUGAAGAGUUGAAAGAAAUAGGUAUCAAUGCAUAUGGACACCGCCAUAAAUUAAUCAAAGGAGUAGAAAGACUCUUAGGUGGACAACAAGGAACCAAUCCUUAUUUGACUUUUCACUGUGUUAAUCAGGGAACUAUUUUGCUGGAUCUUGCUCCAGAAGAUAAGGAAUAUCAGUCAGUAGAAGAAGAGAUGCAGAGUACGAUUCGAGAACACAGAGAUGGCGGUAAUGCUGGCGGCAUCUUCAACAGAUACAACGUCAUCCGAAUUCAAAAAGUUGUCAACAAGAAGUUGCGAGAACGAUUCUGUCACAGACAAAAGGAGGUGUCUGAGGAGAAUCACAAUCACCACAACGAGCGCAUGUUGUUUCACGGUUCUCCUUUCAUUAAUGCCAUUAUUCAUAAAGGGUUUGAUGAGCGACAUGCGUACAUAGGAGGAAUGUUUGGUGCCGGGAUUUAUUUUGCAGAAAACUCCUCUAAAAGCAACCAGUAUGUUUAUGGAAUUGGUGGAGGAACAGGCUGCCCCACACACAAAGAUCGGUCAUGUUACAUAUGUCACAGACAAAUGCUUUUCUGUAGAGUGACCCUUGGCAAGUCCUUUCUGCAGUUCAGCACCAUGAAAAUGGCUCACGCUCCCCCAGGCCAUCACUCCGUCAUUGGGAGACCGAGUGUGAAUGGGCUGGCGUAUGCUGAGUAUGUCAUCUACAGAGGAGAGCAGGCGUACCCAGAGUAUCUCAUCACGUACCAGAUCAUGAAGCCAGAAGCGCCCUCACAGACCGCAACAGCCGCAGAGCAGAAGACCUAGUGACUGCCCAGUGGUAGAGACCAGAUCAGAGUUAAUCCUGGGACUGGAUUACAGUGGAUUGUUUUCAACAAAAUCAAUAUUCUAUAAAUCCCUGACAGCCUAGAAAUAAGCUGUUUGUCUUUAUGAAGCAUUGCUAUAGUGAUGGAUCUAGUAUGAGUAACUGACACGUACUCAACUGCUACUGUUCCCUUUGCGGAAAUGUUUACAGGGGCGGCCUCUGACCAUAUCUCAGGCUCAUUCUCUUUGCAGUUACCAUUUCUACAACAGGAUCGCUUUGAUCGAGACUUGGAAAAGGAAAAAAUGUAACACUUUUACCAAAUGUUCACAAUUCACACACUACAUUUGCUGUGAUACAUAUGGCAUGUGUGUACAAUAACUAUACACGCUCAACAGUUGCAUUUCUAGUUUUUUGAACAUGCAUCAUUCACUUUUUUUUUUUUUUUUUUUGGUGGUGGUGGUUGCUUUCUUUGAAAAUGAGCCAGAGCCUUCUUGAGAAUAUUUUGCACAAAGUCAUACUGACUAAAAUCGCUAGCAAUGUAACCCAAGCUUCUGGCUGAGCAAGAUUUAGUUUCCUUUUUUUUCUUCACGGAUUUAUUUUGUAUCUGUGCUUCUUAUCAGCGUAAACUUCGUUUUAGUUUCCUUUUAUUGAUUGGCCAGUCUUAAAGGGACAGGCACAAACAUCAGCUGGAUUCAGGAGCUCCAGGGUUCAGAGCAGUCGGAGCCGGGGAGAACCACUGGCCCUCUCCAGCCCAGGCCUGCUUUCAAGGAGUCCGGGUUGGUGCUGGAGGUCUAGGAAGAGCCCCGCUGGGGAGAGGUUUGAGUGAUGCUGUUGUGACACUGAGAGGGGAAUCCACCAGGGAGGCCUACGAAUUCAGGAGAAGCAACAUUAAGAUGUGAGGGGCAUGUGGUUCUCUUAAGACCGCAGCAGAGAAGGACUACGAGGACUCAAGGGAAACUUCCCCUCACUUGAUCCGUACCACCAGAGUUGUCACACCCCCCCCCACUCCAAAUUAACUGCCUUACUUCCAAAUUCAGUGGAAUUAUUAUAUGUCAUUAGAGUCACACAAAUAUUGCUUUAUGGUUUCUAGUUCAAAUCCUGCUAGAAAUGCAUAAAUGCAGGAACUUUUUCGUUGACUCCAGAUUUGGGGUUUGAGUGAGGUGCUUCAGAUAGUUUAUUUCGGUCCCUGCACAACCUGCACUAAAGAUUGAACAUUUUUCUUUUCUUCAGACUUCAUAAUAGACAAGAACAAAAACUGAAACCAGAGUUCUUUCAGUUAUUUUUUUGAAUGAAGCUGGAGAAAUAGCCAUGCGGUUUCUUUGUGAAUCACUACUUUGUUUUACUAGUUUUACUCAACAUUCGUCAAGUGCACGUUGACACUUGUAAAACAUUAUCACAGUCCCUGCACUUGUCUUUUACCUUAGCUGCAUAUUGAAAUGAUACAUUAACUUCUCUGCUUUGACGUCUGUGCACCUACUCAGCUUGGAAGCAAAAGUAACAAACGUGGUGGAAAAAGGAAAAGCAGUGUGACGCUAACUUGCUUGUUCAACUUAAAGUCCUGAAAACGAAUUUGUUUUUUAGUGCAGGCUGGUUAAGCUGUGACUUCAUUUUCUCCUAAAGAAAAAUAAAAUGGUUACAUGCAAAGAUUUUAGAAUACGCUCUUAAAAAUACAUAUUUUGCUUUCUUUUGGGCUUGAGUCCAAUGCUAGAACUAGGCCUUGAGAACUAGUUUUGAGUUUUAUAGCUGAAUCUUGCAUGGGUCCUCAAAGUUAAAUCAAGAAUUAGCCUCAAGAAUUGCUUCUAUUGAAGUUUUAGUGACCCACGCUGGGUGUUCGUGUCUUGGCUGCUUGUUUAAAUAGCACUAAAAUUCCACAUGAAGCUUCCAAGUUCAAUGUUCAUUAAGAAGGCUUUUUCCCUCUCUUCUUUUUUGCUGUGGGUAACAAUGGGGUGAGGGAAUUGACAUCAGUGUAGUUUUCAGUAGCUGUGACAGUGUUUAUUACUUGCCUCCCCUAUUAGAUAUACUUUCAAAUGGUGAACACAGCUGUGAUUUUUUUUUUUUUUAGUUAAGUAAAAGGGUUAAUACGGUAUAAAUAUUGAAAGCUUUAUAUCUUCGUUAAAGCCACUACCUGACUAUGGUUAUACGUCAUUUCCAUCCUACUAACCAGGUUACUGGAUGUGCCAGUUUUAAACUUCAGCCUUACACUUGAGAAGUUAAACUGUGGUUCAGUAUUUAAACGGCCCCUGUUAUGUAUCCAAUGUUCCAUGUGCUGAGUAAAGGUACUGUGUGAGGGAGACAUUUGCUGCGCUUCUCGUCUUGUAAUGAUUCAAAUAUAUAGUUGUUCUUGACAGAAUGUGUACAUAUUAUUCAUCUGCUCAAGAGACUGGGUUAAGUACAUUUUUUCAAAACUUGAAAACCAAAGGUCAUCAUGAGUACAUUCAAGUUAGCAAAAGUUGAUUGCAUUUGGAAUUUCCACCUACAGCAGUGUGAAAAACCCUUUGGAGUAUAAAAGCAUGGCAUUAAAUUAGUCUGAAAUCCAUUGAAUCCCUUGUAUACACACUAGACAGAACACUCGCAAGCUGAGGACCUCAGUAUGGCCUCCCCUGAAAUGGCCCGUUUGCCAAACCUUAAAGAAAGAAUCCAGAACCUCCACCUGCUCUACCACAGUUCCCACAGCAAAGGGCUUCCAGACCUGAUGGUCCAGUUUACUAGGUGUUGGCCAGCUGGAUACUUGAUUCAGGCCUAAGUGCUCUGGACUAGACACUUACUCCUACUUGGCCUCCCUCCCUUUCCCCCAGAUUGCGAGUCUAGAAUUAUAAUUAGCUCCAACCAUUACCUUUGAGCCCACUCGUUUUCCUUUCUUCAUCUUGGGUCUUGCGCAACGGAACUAGACAUCUCUGAUUCCACAUCACAACGUGAACUGGGUAUCAGGCCUCAUGUUCUCUGCUCAGAAGAUUCUGCCACUUUUUAGCAAAUGACAGCAUGCAACCCAGUUUUAAUUCUAUGCAAAAUAAUAGCAGUACCACCAGGAUUCUUCCUUACGUGUUCCUUCUUGGAAUUCGGAAUAUCUAGCUCUUCAAUAAUAUAAGUAGAGUAAACAAUAUUAGGAUGUUUUUGUGAAAGAGCAUCCUUGUGCUCGUUUGAGCUUGACGUUAGUGGCUAUACUCAUUUCCCUUUGCUCUCAAAAUAGCAAAGUGCAUUGAUACAUGCAGAGAAAUGCCUGAAUGUGGCAAAUAAAGUAAUACAGAUUGUAUCAUAGCCUUGAUACAAAAAAUAAAAUGUUGGUGUAUGCUGGAAGACAGCAUUAGAAUCCAAUAAGGUGUCCAUGUUUUCUGUUUCAGUCCAUCUCCCAGCUGCACCGACGUUACUGGCCAUUGCUUGCUGUCUGUUUUAAACACGUGCACCCUCUGGGUUCCUGUGAAUGCUUUCAAACAGAAAUAGUGUGUGCUUUUAAGCACCUUCCCCCUAGUGUGUCCAGAUCCAUUGGUUUGAUGAUCUGUGAUAAAACAGCCUUUUUUCUGUUUUUUUCUGUUGGGCAAUUAUCUUGCGUAGAGCUAUAGAUUUUAGUCAUUAAGGCAGCUCUCAAAACUGAGAUUAAAUUUCUAACAUUAAAACCCUUCUUAAAGACUGACGUUAAACUUGUUUGAUAUCAAAUCAGUGACAAAAAGUAAUUGUGAAGAUAGUACUUCAGCUUUGGUUAGAUACAUCUAGCAUGUGAAAAGGAAAUGCAUUAAAAAAAAAAAAAACCCUAAAAAGUGAAGCUUAUUCAGAUACCUUAUGCGUUUGGAGACUAACAGACAAUUAAAUGUUUCUUAGGAAAGUCUUAACCAAGGCAGAAACUUUUCAGUCUUUUAUAUCCUAAUAAACAGAACUAUAAUUCCAUUUCUUAGUGUUUGAAAGGUGUCAGUGAGUUGGCUGUAUCUCCAUGUAUUUCACACCUCGUAAGCUUAUUUAGUGAGUAUAUUUCAUAAGUAAUGAAUGCUCCCUUACAUGCAAAGGAGCUGAUAUAGUCAAUCCAUUCCAAUUUCUCCACAUCCAGAAUUACUCAGCUCCAAAGCUGCUAGUUUAGAGAAAUGCUAGAAAGAUUCCAAAACCUAUUAAGUUUUGUGCAUGUGAGGAUACAGCGACAACUCAUAAAGUGAUACCAUGUAGAAUUUGAGUGUUGCACGAGCUGUUUUUUCAUCAUUUUAAAAUAUAAACCAUGGUGAUAAGUUAAAAGUAAUAGGAAGCUAAAGACUUUAUAUACUCUCUAAGACCAAAUAUGCUCACGGUGUGACCGGUUUUAAACAUCUGCCAGAGAGUUCUGCCUCCUUGAAAUAACAUUCACAUGGUAGAGAUGAUUGCACUUGAUUAGUCAUUCUUUCCCAUUUUCUUUUCUGCUUUACACUUCUGUAUCUCCACACCCUCCCCACCACCUGUCUUUUGAAACAGAUUUCUCAUGCUCCAGAAUCCAGAGUGCUUUGUUAUUUUUCAUCUGUCUGCCCUUUUCUGCAGGCAGCCCUGAAAACCCCUUGUUGAUUCAGAGUGUUUGCUGAGAAAUGCAUGAACUCCAGUAGUGGGGUGUCCCUCACCCACGCCCAGGCCCCUCCCAAGGGUCAAGACAAAAAGGUAGAAAACCCAACAAUACAGAUUAGAAAGGAAUCAAAAUCUCUGAAGCUAAUAGCCUGGACCUAGAAGAUGACCUUGACUAUAUCACCAUCGUAUUCAUUACACAAAAUAUGUGCACAUAAUACCUGCUUCCGCUUCCAUUGUUCCAAGCUCAUCCUGUCUUUGUGGUAGAAGUAUUUGUCUUUGAUACCUGCAAACUAAAAAGGUACGUUCAUCAACGAGGUUUCUCAAAAACAUUUACCAAGCCAGCUUUGAGGAAAUCUGGAAUGUUUCCUGGCAGCAACAUUUGGAGUAGUAACUGUAUUUUCUCAUUGUGAUGUUGGUUUGUGUACAUAACCGAUGUAGUGACUGGUUCAUUACUGGUGUUUUUAUCUGUGGUCUCUCUAUGGCUCACCAGUGGCAGGGGGUUCCAAUCCCUUCCCCGUUCUUUUGGCAUUUGUCUAUUUGUAGAAUUGCCAGAUAGAAUACAACACACCCAGUUAAAUCUGAAUUUCAAAUAAUUUUUUUUUUGCUUAAAUGUGGUUCAUGUGUUAUUUGGCAUAUCUUUACUGUAAAAAAAAAAGUAUUCAUCAUUUAUCUGAAAUUCAAACGUAGCUGAACAUCCUGGGGUUCUUUGCUUUGUUUUGUUUUAUUUUACUAAAUCUGGCAACUGUAUCAAAUUUGGUCAUGGAAAAUCACUUACAGCAUGGAAAUUCUUCUAGCCUUCAGUCUCUUUUAAGACCUUUUUUCCCUCACCCUCUACUUUACAGAAGAGGGCAUCAGGGAACUCAACCUGCCUGCACGGUGGGUUUCUAUUUAAGACAUCUUCAUGAUUAUACUUAACCUGUAAUUGUGCUUUGGCUCAAUGUCUAACUGACAGUACUUGUAAUUGUUUAAUAUUCAAUAAAAACAUUUUUAAAGUA